AUGAGCCCUCCCUCCACAAAGGUCCCCUGGGCCGCCGUGACGCUGCUGCUGCUGCUGCUAUUGCUGCCGCCUGCGCUGCUCUCGCCCGGGGCGGCCGCGCAGCCCCUUCCUGACUGCUGCCGCCAGAAGACGUGCUCCUGCCGUCUCUACGAGCUGCUGCAUGGCGCAGGCAAUCACGCUGCUGGCAUCCUGACGCUGGGGAAGCGGCGGCCCGGACCCCCAGGCCUCCAGGGCCGACUGCAGCGCCUCCUGCAGGCCAGCGGCAACCACGCGGCCGGCAUACUGACCAUGGGCCGCCGCGCAGGCGCAGAGCCCGUGCCGCGUCCCUGCCCCGGGAACCGUUGUCCUAGCGCCGCCGUCACCGCCACCGUGCCGGGAGGACAGUCCCAGCUGUGAGCUCUCGCUCCGGCCCUGUCCUGGCCCUGCCCUCGCCCUCCGCCUGCCAAGGUGUCAGCCCCCAGAAAAAGGCAAUAAAGAUGAGUCUCGUUUAAUGUGGCUGGUCUCUGUUCUUGUGUGGUCGCGCCCCGCCCCGCCCUCCAGGGGGCGUGACAGCGCCUUGAGAACUGUAAAGAGCGCGAGAGCCGGGUAGGCCGGUUCCGGGGCACUGGCCUCAGCUCGUGGUGGAAUCCGAAACACGCUUAGAUGGGAAGCUCCCAGUGCAAGGAGCCGCUCAGAGGCCUGGGAUAUGAGCGCGCUUGGAGUGCAGAAUGCGGAACAGACAUGUCCCUCAGUGCUCUACUAGUCUAUCUGUGCCGAGCCCUUCACCAAGAGACGCACCAGAGGGGAGGGAGAGCAAGGACGGCUGCACUGAGAAACAGAAUCGGGCUGGGAAGGGGUGGGAGUCGAGCCUGCAGAGAAUAUGGUGUUGAACAAUGAAUCAUACAGAGUGGCCGCGGUGUGGGGUGUGGGGUGUGGGGAGCUGUGAGACGUGCAGCCUGGAUUGUGAAGGGCCUCACAGAUCACCAGGUUUUUCACUUUAUUCCAUAGGUAACUGAAAGCCAUGGAAGGUCAUAUGCAGAGGUCGGGAGGGCCCCAUUUUUCUGAAACUCUAGCCUAAGACAUCUAAAAGUAGUCACAGAAAGAAGUGGCACUUGUCAGCAAACUAAUGUCCCAGAUGAGGCCCAGAACAGAACCUUGGGGUGAGGUGGGGAGCAUUGGUUGACACUCUCUGGGCCCAUCUUCUCACUUUUGUUGGCUUUAGCUGUUUUGUCCUGGGAGGCACCCACCCUAUGCCACCUCAGCCAUCCUAGUAACUUUCUGCUCACAGUGAGAAAGUUCUGUGUCUGGUCUCACCUAGGUCCUUCUUGCUGCUGCACUGGUUCCCUCCUGGAGAAAACUGAUUAAAGUCCAUCUGCGCACCCUUGGAGAUUUGCAAACAGCGACUCUGCCCACCUCAAAGCUAUCUUUCUCAGCCUCAGGCUCUUCCACUUGAAGGACAGAAGAUGGAAGGAGGAUUAAAUCAAGACUGCAGGAAGAGGGAGAGAAGAGAAGCACUUACUCUUCAAGACACUUAUUUUGUACCAAAGACAUGCAUUAUGCUAUCAAAUUCUCACAAUAACUGCAUGAAUUAGGAAUUACUAGCUGCAUUUUUGCUACAGUAUGGAUGGAACUUGAAGACAUUAUGCUGAGUGAAAUAAGCCAAUUAGAAAAGGAUACUUAUAAAAAGAAAAUGCAAAUCUAUAGAGACCAAAGUUUAUUAGUGGUUACUGGGGUGGGAGAGAGGCGGAAAAGGAAGGUUAAUGGUGAUGGAAAAAUGGCACACAUUAUGGGUUGGAUUGCACAGCCAAUUAUUGUAAUCGUCGUCAAUAUGUUGUACACCUGUAAAAAGUUGAAUUGGCAAAAGCUGUGUGAUAGAUACGUUUACAACAAUGACAAAAAAAACAGUAGCUAUUUUUUUACUGAGGCUGCUUAUAUACAACCAAACACCUCAUGGGAUUUGGUUCCUUGGUUUGGAGGUAGACAGUCAUGGUUUCAUGGGGCAACCCAGUUAAUUGGCCUAAUAAUAUGUUUUGUGCUUCUGGUCUACCUCCUAGUUCAGAGACAAUUGGUCUGUAUUCACCUGGAGCAACAGAGGAAGAAGGAGAAUCAGGAACAGGAGGAGGACAUGCAAUGUGUGGCUAAUUGCCUCCAUGAACAAUUGCCUCCUUCUUCCAUGAGACCAGAAGAACUGGGUGGUACCAGGCUUCCAUUACUAACAUUUUAAUCAAAGAUUCCAUAGAAGAAUCCUGAUCAAUCCCUGAGACUGGGGCCUAGGGACCAUAGUCUCGGGGAACAUCUAGCUCAAUUGGCAUAGCAUAGUUUAUAAAGAAAAUGUUCUACAUUCUACUUCGGUGAGUAGUGUCUGGGGUCUUAAAAUCUUGGGAGUGUCCAUCUAAGAUACUCCACUGGUCCCACACUGUCUGGAGCAAGGGAAAAUGAAGAAAACCAAAGACACAAGGGAAAGAUUAGUCCAAAGGAUUAAUGGACCACAACUACCACAGCCUCCACCAGACUGAGUCCAGCACAACUGGAUGGUGCCUGGCUACCACUGUCAACUGCUCUGACAGGGAUCACAAUACAGGGUCCCAGAAAGAGCUGGAGAAAAAUGUAGAACAAAAUUCUAACUCACAAAAAAAGAGCAGACUUACUGGUCUGACAGAGACUGGAGAAACCCUGAGAGUAUGGCCCCCGAACACCCUUUUAACUGAGUACAGAAAUCACUCCUGAGCUUCACCCUUCAAUCAAAGAUUAGACAGGCCCAUGAAGCAAAAUGAGAUUAAAUGGGCACACCAGCCCAGAGGCAAGGAAGAGAAGGCAGGAGGGGAUAGAAAAGCUGGAUGAAUGGAAAUGGGGAACCCCAGGUCAAGAGGGGAGAGUGUUGACAUGUUGUGGGGUUGGCAACCAAUGUCACAAAACAAUAUAUUAUUAAGCAUUUAAUGAGAAAUUAACUUGCCCUGUAAACCUUCAUCUGAAGUACAAUUUAAAAAAAAUCGUGAUCAAAAGGGGAGAAAUGCAGAACAGAAUUUAAAAUUCCCAGGUACUCUAGACUUUCUGGAGCCAUGGAGGGUGGAUGAAUCCCUGAAACUACUGCCCUGAGAUAAUCUUUAAACCUUAAAUCAAAAAUAUCCCCAGAAGUCAUCUUAAAACUGAACAACAGUUCGGCUUAACUAGUAAAAAAAAAAAGGUCUGCCUUGAGCAUUAUGCUCUUUUAAGAACUAGCUAUAGACUUCUGGCCAACAUGGUGCCAUAGACAGAAGCACCACGCUGUCCCUUCAGAGCAAAGACCCAAAAAACUAAAUAAAACAUAGACAAACAUCAUUACCAGAACCUGAAGUGCCAAAUGAAGAGAUAGAGAACUCAACCAAGCACUGAAUGGAAUAAGAAACUGACAGAGGACAGAGAGCAAGAAGAGGUAUGUGCCGAGGGCCCCAUCAGCUAACACAGCAUGGAUCUGCCAUAUUGGACUCCACUUGGGGAUCAGCAGACAGGGAGCACAAGAAAGCAGCUUCUGGGAACUCCCAGCAGGAGACAGAGCACCAGGUAACCAGGGAUACAUGAUUUCCCAGCCCCAGUUUUCUCCCCACUGCUCUACCUCCGAGCUUCCUGGCUGGCUGUGAAGUUCCCAGCAGGAGACAGACCACCCUGUAAGGAGUGAUAUAUGUUUUCCUAGCCCUCCCCCUUCUUCACCCUCCCCGCCACCUUCGGCCUCCUCUACUUCCUGCCAGCCACAGUCUCUUGGCCUGGAAGCAACUGCUUUGGCCUCAGGCUGCUUGGAUUCGCCCUGCCCACACUGGCUGGGCCCCUGAGCUGGCAUUGCUUCUUUCUGUCUCUUUUGGUUUCUUCGGUGCCUCCUACCACCUCCCCCUCCUUUUUCUGGAACACCUGGCUCUGUGUGCCAUCUUUGCUGCUUCUUGAAAGGCUGUGAAGCCACACUGGCCUGGGGAAUCACCCCCCUGGCCGCCCAUGACACCACGCUGGUGUGAUCCCUGGGGCUUUCUUUUUUUUCCCUUAUUUUGCUUUCUUCUCUUUUGUUUGUUUUCUUCUUCUCUUUGCAGCUUGGGAGCCCCUUGUAGCCAGGCUGCACUGAGGCUUAGGAGCCACUCCCCCAAUCUGCGCAGCCAUGUAGGUGGGAUCCCUGGGGGCAUUUCUUUUUUUCUUCUGUCUUUCUUUUUAUUUUCUCUCUCUUUUUCCCUUUCUGUCUGUCUUCAUUUCUCAGUUCUUGUCUCUCUACACUUAUUUUUCUUUUCCUGUCUCCUGAAUACCUGGUACUGGGUGACAUCUAUACCCCCUCUAGCCAGGCUAUACUGAGCAGCCUGGGAGUCACCUCCCCAGUCUUAGCAGCCCCACCAGUGGAACUCCGGGACUCCUGGGGGCUUUUCUUUUCUUUUCCAAAUUUUUAUCUGGUUAUUUUUUUUCUUUCUUUUUCCCUUUUUCUUUUCUCCAUUUCUCAGUUUCUCAUCUCUCCACUCCAAUGGCAAGCUCCCUUAGCACUCUUUUUUUCCCCCCUUUCUUUUUUUGCUUGUUUGUUUUUGGCUCCUGUUUUUCUCUCCUCUCUCUCCUCUUUCCCAUACCCCUGUUAGUUCCACACAUUACAACCUCCCCCCUCUUUCCUGCCUACCUGCACCUUACACUGAACAUAGCAUCUCCAAGCAGCACAGGCAUGGCCUACUGAAACCUGCCCAGCACUGAUGCCUGGCCCACCCUGUCAGCUCUAGAAAGUGUCACAAACAACCCAUACCAGCCCUCGCCCUUCAGCUGGACCUGCCCUGCUGAACCAUAGCUGAAUGACUGGCCCUGCCCAUUGGACAAGGAGGUGAAAGUAUUGUGACUACAGAUGAGCAAACAACAAAGAAUGCACAGCCCGCCUGCUCAGACAUAACCAAAUAAAACAAAAAAGCAGGACAAAACAAACAAAUCUACAAUCAAGAAACAAAGAAAAUAACUAAUGAAUGUCCUGAAGACAGCAGACAAUAUCAAAACGUAUAAAAAUUCAGGACAGGAGGGGUCCAGUAGGUGUCCAAAAUAAAACACCAGAUGACUUUCCAGUAGAAGAAAACGCACUAGAACUACCCGACAGGGAAUUCAAAUCUCUAAUAUUCGGAGCAAUCCAAGAGUUGAUGCAAAAAGCAGACAAAAAUGAGGAAAAAAUAGAUAAAUUUUUGGAAAAGGCUGACAAAUUCAUGGAAAAUACUGACAAAAAAAUGGAACAAUUCAGGAAAGUAAUACCGGAACAAAAUGCCAAAAUAAAUUCACAACUAGAAAUCAUACAAAAACAACAAAUCCAAAAGAUAAACAACAAGAUUUUCAGAAAAGGACGGUGUCAUAGAAGGGGAGACAAAAUCAGCGAAAUUGAAGACAAACACUCGGAUACAACUCUGAGGAAAAAUCAGAAAAAAGAACGAAGAAAAAUGAAGAAACCCUGAGGAUUAUGUGGGGUACAAUCAAAAGCAAAAAUUUGCGGGUGAUUGGAGUUCCAGAACAGGGAGAGAAAAUGGGAGACACAGAGAUGAUCAUUGAAGAAUUGCUGACAGAAACUUCCCUAUUAUCAUGAAUGAUGAAAAGCUGACCAUCCAAGAAGCUCAACAAACUCCAUAUAGGAUAGACCCCAAAAGAGAAAUGCCAAGGCAUAUCAUAACCACACUCACUAAAACCAAAAACAAAGACAAAAUCCUGCAAGCAGCUCGAGAAAAACAAAAAGUCACAUACAGAGGAGAAACAAUAAGACUAAACUCUGAUUAUUCAGCAGAAACCAUGCAGGCAAGAAGGCAAUGGGACGACAUAUAUAAAUCCUUGAAAGGAAAAAAAUUGCCAACCAAGAAUAAUAUAUCCUGCAAAACUUUUGUUCAGAUAUGAUGGUGAAAUUAGGACAUUUCCAGAUUAACAGAAAUUAAGGGGAUAUGUAAAAAACAAACCAAAUUUACAAUAAUUAUUAAAGGGAAUUCUUCAGUCUGAGAACAAACAACAUCAGACUACAGCCUGAAUCUAGGACGUGAGAUUGUACCAGCCAGAUACCAACCCAGGAAAUAAACUCUCAAGGACUAUCCAAAACCAAAACAAUUGCAACAGGGAACCAGAGAGUUAAUCUGUAAACGAUAUCAACGUCAGAACAAUAAAAGAGGGAAUAGACAGUGUAGGUAUAGAACUUUCUAAUGGAGAGGAAGGCAAGGUGAUACCAAGUAAUAAUAGGCUGGUUCAAACCUAGGAAGAUAAGGGUAAAUUUCAAGGUAAGCACAAAGAAAGUUAACAAACUUACUCAUCAAAAUAAAGAUGAAAAACAUAAAGUCUCAGUAAAAACAAAAUCUAC